GAUCGGACAGCCCAGGUCCAAAAUUCCUGGGCACGUUCUGUCGCGUCCAGCCUAUGGCUUCCUGCAUCUCUCCACCGGACUUAUCGUUCAGCCCUCGAUCCCGGAGCUUUGGCUACCAGAGUCUCCGUUUGUCGCAUCCAACAAUUCAACCACAGCAGCCAAGGACUGGGCCAACUUUGCAGGAUGUCGGGUCGAAGGUCAGGCAGAGCUGCUGCUAAGCGCGCAGCCGCAGCACUGGAGAACACCCCAAAGACAUGGAAGGAAAUCGAGGACGAUGACGAGCACAUGCCCGACGCCGAGCCAGAGGACGAUAAGAAGACGGAGGGAGAUGGAGAAGCAUCUGAUGGCGAGGCUUCCGCCGUUGCUGACAACGCGGAAGAGGAUGUGGAAGAGGCGCCCGAGGACAAAUCACCCAGCCCUCCUCCCCAGCCGGUCAUACGUCGCAAGAGACUUGGCCGUCCACCCAAGGUCAAACCUCCCGGCUGGGAUGAUGGAAUCGAAGUACCGCGAGAUGAAGCAACCCCACGGCGUCGUGGCCGAGGAGGCUGGCGCGGCCGUGGCGGUCGCAAGGGCCAGCCCGCCCCUGUGACACAGCAAGCCAUCGAAAAGGACGGUCCGAUGUACGAUAUUAUCGAAGACGAACUCGCGCUCCCUGAGGAUCCCGAGGGCGAGACCAAGGUCGACAAGAUGGGCUAUCUACAGGGAGGGCGAGAGUACCGCUGCCGCACCUUCACCAUCCAGGGCCGUGGCGACCGCUUAUACAUGUUGUCCACAGAGCCGGCUCGUUGUGUUGGAUUCCGAGACUCGUACCUGUUCUUCACCAAACAUCGCCGCCUGUACAAGAGCAUCGUGACCGACGACGAGAAGCGGGACAUGAUCGAGCGCGAGCUGAUACCCCACUCCUACAAGGGGCGAUCCAUCGGUGUGGUCACAGCCCGAUCGGUGUACCGUGAAUUUGGAGCCUUGAUACUCGUUGGCGGUCGCUGGAUCCUGGAUGACUACGACAUACAGCGCUCAAGAGAUGAAGGCCACGUCGAAGGAGCGCUUGCCGACCCCAACGAUAAGUAUAACCCCAACGAGCCGUACAACAAGAACCAAUAUGUCGCAUGGUUUGGCGCCAGUCAGGUGUACCAUACCAGCGCGCCCAUCGCAACGACUCAAGUAACAGAACUGAAGAAACGCCGAGUCGCUGUCAACGACGUCAACUGGAUGUUUGAGCAUGUUCGAGAAGCCGCGAACUUCAAUGCCCAAAUUAAUGCAAUCCGUCGACGCAAUAACAAGGGAGUGUACGAUGUUCACACCAAUACCAUUCAGUAUCCUGCCAUCAUGCAGCCUACACAAGCGCGCAUCGAGCCAGUUGUGGCUUCCGACCCCGAGGAUGUAAACACCGAAUCCCAGAUCUUCCCUCCCCUGAGCCCCAGUAUUCCACGCAACUUCAUGGUCACGGAUACCUACUUCGAGACACCUCCUUCGGGGAUCGCUGCUGUCAGUUAUAUUCGCGCGCCAAUGGGUUCGGUCAACGGCGAGAACGGCUCCGACUUCUUAGCGCCAUUCCGUGGCCUAGGCGCCGUCAGUGACGACGUCAAGGAUUGUUUGCCUCCCGAGUGUCGCGAGGCUUUCGAGAAGGCUGCCGCCCAGGAACAGAGCUGGCAUGCCAAGUGGGGAGUCGAGGCAAGCGCGAAAUCCAGGCGGAACCCUGUCAUUGACAAGGCCAUCGUGCCUUACAGUGCGCGGUAAAUCGAACCAUAUUGCAGACUCGGUGCGUUUGGUGAGGCGGCGGACAGCCGAGCGGGACGAAGAUAAGCCCAGGGCUUUCGAUCGCAUAUUGCAGGAAUGCCCCGCGAGAACUACCAACCCGGGUUUACUUGUUGUUCACCUCGACGUGUGGUUGUCUGAAUUUUGAGAAAAUAGGGAAGACACUGGGCCUCUUGGCCAUGCUCCUCUUUGGAACGGCGGAGAGGUGCUUGAGGAGUUUAGGGAUUACGAUACCGACGAGGCGUCUGUCAUGAAUUAAGGGCGAAUCACAUCAAUAAUUAAAUUAUUUCAUUGCAAA